AUGGGCACCGGCUUCCCCGGACUCAACGAAGACGGAUACCGCACGUUCAAAACGGUCCUCGCCCGCAUCGUCGGCAAAGGCAGCGCCUCCGUCGCCGUCGACGCCGUCACCACCGACUCUUUCGCACUCGACACGGACCCCGCAAAGGGCGGUCCCGAUUUCCCGAGGUACCUCAAGUUCGAGUUCCUCGUCGCCUUCGUCGUACACAUCCUCAGACCCACCCUCGUCCAAGGCAACAAGAUCUACGGCAGGAAGUUCAAAGACGUUAAACGCCCAAGCGUGAGCGCCUCCAGCGCCGACAGCCAAAUGCCCUACCUGCGACACCACUCCACGGUGUCCGGCGGGGCCAUGCUCUCGUACGAGAACGAAGGAGCCCUGGGAGGGGCCUUGCCGAUCAUCUUCCACGAUUUCACGGCCUGCAGUCUCUGCAACGCGAGAGCGGUUUACCUAAAGGAUUCGAAACCGCUGGUGCACCAGAGCAGUGACGUCGAGGCGGCGUCCCUGGACAACGUCACCAAGCAGAAGCCCACUACCCUGAGCGUUCUCGACUGUGUGGUAGAGAGUCAGCCCACUUCUGGCAAUGACAGCUAG